CGCUACAUUUUGUGUGGCUAUAAUAAUAUCAACACAAUCUCAUCAUUCACAGGUCCAUUAACUGCCAGAAUAUUUCAUAGAUUCAUGCCUUAUCAUUAAAGAUAACAUAAAUAAAUCAAUCCACAAUGUCGGCAUCUUUAAUGCCGUUCGUUCUGGAUAAUUUGUCAGACCUCCGCGUGCGUGAGAAGCUCCUGCGUCUCUGUCAGCACCUGGCCAUAUUUGCUUCACCUCACCUUGCCCCUCACAACCAGGCCAAACUAGACCGCAUCAGCUGCGACAUCGGCCUGGCGAGGCUGGUCUUCAGAUCCUUCGAUGAACUGCCCAAGUUACGCACAACCUUCGUUACCUACCACAAUAAACCACGCCAGAACUGCGGGGCUUUAGACAGACUAAUGUGGUUGCUGAGCGUGCUGGGCAAUGUGUGCGACAGCCUCUACUACCCGGCAGAGAAAAUAGCUUGGCUGUGGCCUGCGAACCCUCGAGCCGCGUCCUGCAAGACCGUCGCCACCAAACUCUGGGUCAUGUCCCUCUUCUGCACUAUCUUGAGGACUUUGUUGACGAUGCGACAGCUGAAGCGUGACAAGAAGCUGGGCAGCAGCGAGGAACGCGGCAAACUAUAUCGUCAGCAGGUGUUGACGCUUAUCAUGUCUGCUGCUGAUUUCAAGAACGGAAUGACAAUGCUCUAUUCUUCAACUGGCAGCAGGAGUCAGAUCGGUGCGCUGGGCUCGUUGUCUUCACUGCUGGGCCUUUACUCCGUCCUUAGAGCCAAAAGACAGCAGCUGCUCGACGAGCGCCGGAUGAUAGCCCGGGCUCGGGGCAUUUUGGAGUGAUUGCAUCCUAAUAAUUUAUGCGUCGCCAAGCAGCGGGGUUUUCCCUGCUGAUUUGUUGGUCACUUGGAGUUGACUUUCUUACCCAAGAAAUUGCAUUUCUUAAAUAUUUGAGCUCCAAGAUGUGAUAAUGGUUGUUUUACUUGUAGCUUCGGGAGCCUCCUACUGAAGUAACACGUUUCUUAUUUGGGCUCAAGGUUUCAUGUCUCAAUUGCGGGAUGGGCAAGAUUAUGUUAACAAUCCAAAUAUUAGCUCUCGUGCCAUUUGUGUUCAGCUCAUCACGAUGAUUUGGACGAUAAAUGGAUGGUUGUGCGACCCGUCUGGAUUUUAGUAAUGAUAAUAUAUUUUUUAUCGUUUAUUUCCUAUGUAUAAUAAUUGUAUUUAACCUCUCUUGUGGGGCAUUUUACGUUCGGUGCGAGUUCUCGCCCCAGUCAUUUCUUACGCAUAUGCCAUAUAAUAUUUUUUUAAAGCUUAAAGCGCUAUUCUCUGGUGGUUACGGGCAGAUUUUGAAGUCAUAUUAUUUAUCAAUUAAUGUUAGAUCUAAGACAUUACACAUUAGGUGACUUGAACUGGCGUUGCGAGUGAUGUUCUUGCUGUGCUAUAUUGAAUCACGGACCUUGAUCACUAUUCCGUUUCGUGUUGAAAUGAAUUUGUAUGCAAUAAAUGAAAAAUUUAAAUGUCA